AUGGUUCAAAAAAGGCUAGUGUUCGUUAUUACAGAACCCUUUUUAAGCGUUAACGUAGCAACGUACUCACAAGUGUUGAUGGCUAUAACAACUCUCAACAUUAAAGAGAUUGCUCGUCGUUUGUCCUCUUGGCUUGGAGUUCUACUAGCUUCUAUCCGUAUUCUUAUUAUCAGAAGUUCAUUGAAUCCGAAAUUAAAUUAUAUUUCAAAACGAGCAUUCGGAAUCCAAUCAUCGUUCUUCUCUCUAAUAAUUAGCAUAAUUGUAUCGGCAUUUUAUUUUGGACCGAUGACUUUUGAAAUCCAACCUAACCCUUGGGUUCCUCCCUCACACUGUGCAGGGUUUCCUGCAAACUAUACAGAGCCACAAUAUCUUCCAUCUUUCAAGGACUUUCUGUUUUUCAAAACAGAGACAUCGUUACAAAUUUAUUUUCUCGCUGAUGGUUUUCUGAAGAUCGCCUCUGCUGUUUUGCUGCCUAUUUUAACAAUAUGUCUCAUCAUAGCAUUGCAGAAUGCUCGACGGCAGAUUAGUGUCUCUAGUCUGCGGAGUCCUACAGAAAAUGCCAAAACGGAUAGUACUACAAAACUCGUUAUCUUCAUGACGAUGACUUUUAUGGUAGCUGAUGGACCAAUUGGAGUUGUCAGUUUGGCUCAGGGGAUUCUGAUGGAGCAGAAUAUGAUGGUUCAGUUAAUGACGGCUGUUCAGGUAAUAUCCAUUUUGAAUAUUUUUGUAACUUUCAAUGCAUCGAUUCAUUGUAUUAUCUGCUUGCUAGUUUCCUCCCCAUAUCGGGAUACUGCCAAAUCUGCUUUCUGCUGUAGAGAGGAAAAUCCGAAUACGAUCUUCAAAAGUUCGAGAGUUAGUGCAACGGGGAUGAGCAAUGCGAGAGGACAGAGGAUAUCAAACUAG